AGGUUCCCAUCUUAAAGACGGGGAGUACUGGAUCGCUAUCAAGAACAACGGAAACCUUUUAAAGGUCUACUGUGAUAUGACAACCGAUGGAGGAGGUUGGCUUCUGGUCUCCAACGUUGUCGUCAACAACCCAUCCUCGCUACGGUUUUCAUACGAAUCAUCAUAUCGUGAAAUAAGCAAUUACCACUACAAGUCGUUUUUACUCACGACAGAAGCCAUGAAGGAACUGAGAACAGACUUGCCUUUCACUCAGUUGAGAUUCUAUUGCAGCAAAAACAAGGGACGCACUUUCCAUUUGACCACGGCCGCUAACAGCACUGGCGAAUCAGUAGUAAAAUACUUCAGUAAUCAGACAGAUGCCUUUCCGAAAUCAUGUGGCUCGUUUUUGAGGAUGAAGGAUGACAACUCGAAGUUAGCUGCUAAUUGUAUUCAAUGGUAUCAUAAAACGUGGGGAAGCCCUUCAGGAAGAAACAGAUUUCGUGUCGUUGCUUUUGUCAAUAGUAAAUAUCACUGGCUUUUGGAAGGGAGCUGGCUUUUGGAAGGGGGCUUAAGAUGGGAAUGUGAUGACUACAACUCUAAUGGUGCAGAAUAUUUUGGAUUGUCCACAGGUGACUUCUGGAGGGUUUUUGUUCGUUAAGGCCAAAUACAACCAGUAACUAAACAGUUCUCACUGUCCUGAAAAACUAGAUCUGUGUCACGUUUUGCCGUUUUUUUCCUUUGGUUGCUAAACCAAGUCUCCGAUGUCGAAAGACACUUAUUAAAAUGUCAAGUAUGAUCCUCGAGUCAACUUUUAUUUCGUGUAUCACAAAGACAAAAGAGAAAAAAACAUUGAAAGA